GGUAGUGCAGCAGACGCGGCAGCGGCUCCAGCGCGUCCCGUCGGGUCCCCCCAGGAGCGCCAUGGCGGAGCUGUGCCCCCUGGCCGAGGAGCUGUCGUGCUCCAUCUGCCUGGAGCCCUUCAAGGAGCCGGUCACCACGCCCUGCGGCCACAACUUCUGCGGGUCGUGCCUGGACCAGACGUGGGCCGUCCAGGACCCGCCGUACCUGUGCCCGCAGUGCCGCACCGGCUUCCAGACGCGGCCACAGCUGCACAAGAACACGGUGUUGUGUGCGGUGGUGGAGCAGUUCCUGCAGGCCGAGCAGGCCCGUCCCGAGCUCCCCGACGACUGGACGCCGCCCACCCGGGCCGCCGCCCCCAGCCCGGCCGGCCAGGUGGCUUGCGACCACUGCCUGCAGGCGACCGCCGUCAAGACGUGCCUGGUGUGCAUGGCCUCCUUCUGCCAGGAGCACCUGCGGCCGCAUCUCGACAGCCCCGCCUUCCGGGACCACCCGCUGCAGCCGCCCAUCCGUGAGCUGAUGCGCCGCAAGUGCCCCCAGCACAACCGGCUGCGGGACUUCUUCUGCCCUGAGCACGGCGAGUGCAUCUGCCACAUCUGCGUGGUGGAGCACAAGACCUGCUCGCCUGCGCCCCUGAGUCAGGCCAGCGCUGACCUGGAGAACAAGUUGAGGCAUAAACUGACUGUCACGUACAGUCAGAUCAACGGGGCGUCGAGAGCACUGGAGGACGUGAGAGCCAGGCAGCAGGACGUGCGGGAGGUUGCACACAGGAAGAUGGACCAGCUGAGACAAGAAUACCUGGAAAUGAAGGCUCUCAUUGAUGCCUCAGAGGCCAGCUCCACACGAAAGAUAAAGGAAGAGGAGAAGAGGGUCAACAGCAAGUUCGACAGCAUUUAUCAGGUUCUCCUCAAGAAGAAGAGUGAGAUCCAGACCCUGAAGGAGGAGAUUGAACUUGCCCUGACUAAGGGGGACGAGUAUGAGUUUCUGGAGAAAGCAGCAAAACUGCAAGGAAUCACGACGAAGCCAGUCUACGUCCCCAAGGUGGAGCUGAAUCACGAGCUGCUAAAAGGUGUCUGUCAGGGCACCUCUGAGCUCAAAAAUGAGCUGAAGCAGUACCUCAAACAGCUCCAGGACAAGAAGCCUGAGGAGCUCAUCAUCCCAGGGGGCCCUGGAGGACAUGGCCUGCUGCACAUUCCGAAACCCCCAUGGCCUGUGAAGAAGAGCCCAAAAGAAGAAAAGAAACCCAAGAAACCUCCCCCAACCAUUGCCUCACCCAGCAAGCUUCCCACCUUUGGAGUCCCAGAACAUUUAGUGGAUCUCAAGCAAACUGGCCAGGAGGCUGAGGCCAAAGUCCCCACCGUACUGCCGACCCCGGUGUCUCUCAAGGCCAAGGUGCUGGAGACCUUCCUAGCCAAGUCCAGGCCUGAGCUCCUGGCGUAUACUGUUAAAGUCAUCAUGGACUACAACACUGCCCACAGCAAGGUGGUUCUGUCCGAGAACUACACCGUGGCUUCUGUGGCUGACACAUGCCACAGCUACCGACAACAUCCCCAGAGGUUCACAUACUGCUCUCAGGUGCUGGGCCUGCACUGCUACAAGAAGGGGAUCCACUACUGGGAGGUGGAGCUGCAGAAGAACAACUUCUGUGGGGUGGGCAUCUGCUAUGGCAGCAUGGAACGGCAGGGCCCUGAGAGCCGGCUCGGCCGCAACAGUGCCUCUUGGUGCGUGGAGUGGUUCAAUACCAAGGUCUCUGCCUGGCACAACAACGUGGAGAAAACCCUGCCCUCCACAAAGGCCUCGCGAGUGGGCGUGCUUCUCAACUGCGACCAUGGCUUUGUCAUCUUCUUCGCCGUGGCUGACAAGGUCCACUUGUUGUAUAAGUACAAGGUGGACUUUGCUGAAGCUCUGUACCCGGCCUUCUGGCUGUUCUCCACAGGUGCUACGCUCUCCAUCUGCUCCAAGUAGGCAGGCUGUGGGCGCUUGGCCUGACUGCCUGUGCGGUGCCCAAGACUCUAGUGAAGAUGCUGUAGGUGGAGCUCUCGGGGAGGUUCCUGAGAGUCCCCAGGGGCUGAAAGGAUGGGAGGGGAGCUGGUGAGGGUGGGAGGUUAGGGAGAUGGGAUAAGAGGAUGGGUUUGGCCAGGGAAAGGGAUGGGGUGAUUGCGUUAUGGGUGAGGAAGCCUUUCUGCCUCCUGGUGCCCAUCAGGCAGGAUGGCCCCCUCCCCUCGUUCUGGUAGAUCUCCAGGCUGCUGGGUGGCCGGGUGGGGCUUUGGGGAGUGAAGUCAUUAGUGCCGCUCUGCUCUUGGACAUAAUCUAUAGCCACUGUGGGUUCUUCCUUAGGCCUCUGGUGUCCGCCUCUCUGCUGUCUGGAGUAGCCUUCAAAUCUUGGAGUUUUGAUGAUUCUCUAUAGAGCUACUUAACUCUAGAUUUUUAAAAAAAUUCCAAAGUCAUUGAAUUUCAUUAUUAUUCACCCUCCACUACCUACAUGUGGGAGUUGGGGUGAAUGCUCAGACUUCUGGUUAUUUUCUGUGCUUGAGGGAAGCUACGCACAACAGGUCUUCACCCAGACCAGAGUUUCCCAAAGAAGUAUGUCCUUUUCCUCCACUGUUCCCCUUUCUGUCUUGGACCUCAGCACCCCAUCCAUGGUUUUAAAAUGUUUAGUCCAACAGGAACCUUUUCAGUCUAAGAUUUCAAACCAUAAUCUGAAUCAGCCUGUUUUGGAUUUGUGAUUCAGGGUCAAGGUGACCCAGGUCCCAUGUGGCUAGAAACCCCUCCCACUCUCAUGUAUUAUGAAAGGCAUCUCAGCAGAGAUGCCUUGGCUGCAACUACGGAGGCUUCUUCCCCUAGCGCAGGCUUUGGGGCAAGGCUCUUCACCAGGCAAGAGGGACCCUGACCGCGUUCACAGUUGGUGGUUUUGCUCUUAUCAGAGCGUCUUGCCUUCUCACUGAUCACUCUCCUCAGUGGUAGCCUCCGUUCCCCAGGAUUGUGAGAUCCUGCACUGGCUGGUGGAGAUACCACCGUGGCCAGCACAGUGGAGCGUUCAGCUAAGCCCGCUGUCAGGCAGACAGGCCAGGUGUGGCUACCUCAGGGACCAUACUCGGUCACCUGCUGGGCUGACUACCUAUGGCCAGAAGGGCCUUCCAGCAGAUCCAUGGGAAACAGCAACGUUCCUGUUCAACCCAGCGCUGGGCCUUGGGUGAGUCGGAGGCCUAGUCACCGGCCCUAGCCCUUUCUGCUUUCUUCCUCAUUUGAGCCAAUUCCAGAUGUAGGAAUUGACCAGGCAAAGGGUCAGGAAGACUUAAGGACCAGGGAGGAAAGAAGGUGCCAGGCUUAAGCACAAGGGGCGAUUUUUCCUGCAGUGUUUCUGUGCAGUGAAAAUAACCCCAGUCCACUCAGGGCGGGAGUGAAUGGAUUGCUGGAAUUUCCCAAGCUCCUUAUAUCCUGGCAUUGUCAGGAUGUAAGUUCUGAUCCCCAAAGUGAGAGAAAUGUAACCUCUUGUGGUGAAAUGUGUCCUGCUCUGGGCUUUGCCAAGAGGAGAGCUGAGGUCAGGCUCCUUGUGGUAUGAAAAGGACAAUACCACUGGAGACGGGGACCCCAGGCCUUUCCAUAUGGAGGUUUGACAAGUUAGCACUUCUGGGGCCUUGUGCUGGGCCCCCAGGGCACUCUAGUCAGGCCCAGAGCCCUUGAUAUUUCUGACAGAUGUGUUCAUCUGUGUCACCUCCCAACAAGAACUUCCACUUCCUUGGGAGAGAAAUCGUCUUUGUAGGGAAGAUCCCCCUGCAAUAGCUGAAAUGUGGUUUUUAAAAGUUUUCUUCCUUUGCUCCUGGGAAGAAAAGUUCUUUGUUGAUUCUUCUCUGCUUUUGGAGAUGGUCCAAAGCAUCUUCAUUGAUCUCCUGAAACAAAAGCCUUGCUUGAAGCCAGUUUAUACUCGGGAAACAGCUGGGUUUAGAGGAGAAUGCAGAAGAUUAAACCACAGGUCCUGCUUGGGCUCUUCUGCAGAAAUGAGGGCAGCCAAGAGGGCUGUUCCCUGAUGGUCGAUCAUCCAGCUCAGGAAAGGGAAGCAUGAGCCCCUCUGUUGAUGAGAGGCAAGCAGGUAACCCAAGGUGAGCCCUGUGUGGGUUCUUUCCGUGAACUGAGGGGCAUUCCAAACCAUUCUGUUUCCAGUGGUGAGACUUUACAUCCCCUCCCUUGCCUUGCGGGGCCGGUGCCCGACACUAGAGUCCUAGAGUUGGGGGGAAUCUUGUGUUCAUCUGACUUCCCGUUUUGCAAAGUAAGUCAGAUGGGGAGGUAUUGGAUGACUCCACUCACCGCUCUUGACAUCCCAUUAUGGAGGAGGUGCCUCCUUAGAUGCCCCUGGUACCCUGGAGGAAGGGUCAGAACUUCCCAGAUAACACAGACAUAAAAACACUCUCCCAACCUAGGUAUCAGGGGCUGUCUCAGUCACUCUGGCGUGAUAAACGAAAAGUCAGGGUCAAGUUUUUGUUAUUAUUCAAGGGCUGAUUGAUUGGUUCUCCUGUUAUAAUUACUCUGAAAUGGGUCUGUGAUCUAUAACUAAUACUGAUACAUUAUUUCUUACCUUAUUCUGCCCCACCUGUAUUGAUUUUAAAUAAUUAGGAGUAUUUCAGCUUAUAUUCUUGAGCUUAUAUUUUUAAGAGUUGAUUCUUUCAGAGAUAGUAAGGGCUGUAGACACAGAUCUUCUGAAACCCACGAGAAAUACCAGGGCCAAGGCUGGCUGACAUGCCUUAGAAGCUUUGAAUGCAAUAAAGCUGUGUGUGGUAUUGUUUCACACAUUGCAGUGUGUGUAGAAAGUUACUACUUAUCUGUCAUGCUGGAGUCAGCAAAUGAGGUGUCCAAGGGCCUCUGGCUGCCUCCCCCCCCCCAGAUGCCUGGGGGCUGAGAUUUCAGCAGAACUAUAGCCCAUUUGAGGCUGCCAUGGGUGUGGCAGCGCCUCAGGAAGCUUUCGAUGCUGAAAUCUCAGCCAGAUAAGAUGUCCUUCUGGGCUUUGCAUCAGGAUGGGGGUGGGGAGAAAGGGGAGGGGUAUGAAUGAAAAGGUAAAUAAACCACAAUGGGGUAAUCAGGGAAACAGUGAUGGAAGUGGGAGGGUUCAUUGUAUGAUUCCUUCUGUUGUUGCCUCUGUUUGAAAAUUUCUAUAAUAAAAAGUUUAAAAAAUGAAACAAAAACCAGCCAGCAACGGGCCCUGUUCACGGAUUUUUAUCCUUGUUUGAAGAGAGGUAGGAGUUGUGGUUGGUAUGGAUUUGAGGUUGUUGAAUAAUAAUUUGACUGGCUCUUGUCUCUUAUUCCUGGUGGGGAGAUGCUAAAUCCUUGGAAUUUCCCCAGUAAUAGGAGAGUCCUUAUUAUUCAUGAGCCCCUUGGAUCACACCUGAAUUUAUGCUAAGAAGUGAGAUGACCCAGGAUCGGGGCUGGUCGGCAGAGAGACCAGGCAUGAGAUGAGAGGGUUGGUCUCAUCGAGCCAGCCUCACCCCCAGGAGGGGAGAGGGGCUGGAAAUCGAGUUGAAAUAUGUGGUCAGUGAUUCAAUCAGUCGUCCCUGAUGAAAGCUGGGCACCCCGAAGAUCUGAAACAGGAGGGAAGGGGGCAGGGCACAACAUUUAAAAGAAUGACAUAGCCCGAGGACAUGACAUAAACUGAUUAGAAGCAAAUGAGUCCAAGCUGGAGGACAAGUCGACUUCCACUAGACCUUGAGCCUCAGUAUACACUCUUCUUUUUUUUAAGUGUAUUUAUUUUAUUUAUUUUUAUUUUUGGCUGCAUUGGGUCUUUGUUGCUGCGCGCGGGCUUUCUCUAGUUGCGGCGAGCAGGGGCUACUCUUCAUUGCGGUGUGUGGGCUUCUCAUUGUGGUGGCUUCUCUUGUUGUGUAGCAUGGCCUCUAGGUGCACGGGCUUCAUUAGUUGUGGCACGUGGGCUCAGUAGCUGUGGCUUGUGGGCUCUAGAGCACAGGCUCAGUAGUUGUGGCGCACGGGCUUAGUUGCUGCGUGGCAUGUGGGAUCUUCCUGGACCAGGGCUCGAACCCAUGUCCCCUGCAUUGGCAGGCGGAUUCUUAACCACUGUGCCACCAGGGAAGCCCAGUAUACGCUCUUUCUAACACAUCAGCAAGCUAAAUGACACAGCCACAGGCACCAUGACAGUUCCAAGGCCUACCAUAAGGAUCAAAAAGCGGGUGGUGGCCCAAUUCCUCUAAAUCCCCACCCCUUCCUGAAAUAGCUGGAAUACUCCUCCCACUCAUUAGCCUAUGAAAUUACCCACCCCUAUAAAAACUGAGAACCCCAUACCCUGGGGCUGCUCUCAGCUUCUGAGAUGGCCCACACUCUGUCUGUGGAGUGUGUUUCUUUCUAAAUAAAGCCACUUCUUACCUAUCA